CAAAAAUUAAGGCAACGAAAAAAAUUGAUGAUAAAUGAAAAGUCAAAGAUAACAUGCUUGGUUAUACGUAAAAAUUACAAGAACAAAAACUAUCUUUCAAGACAUUUGAAAUCACUGAUAACAAAACACACAUAUUUCUUGUUUUUGUUUAUUACAAAAAUUAUAUGUAUUAUGGGUCUUUAUGAGUGUCUGUGCCACUUCAAUACUUUUUCAUGCAUGACUCAAUCAGUCGUUUAGUCGUCAAUCAUACAUUGAAGAGUGCACAUUACAGAGACAUUGAGGGAGAGUGAAUUAAAUUAAAUAGAAUUAACAUCAGAAUGUAUCCAUCGCGUGAGGAAUUUAGUGAACUUAUUUACUAUAUCAGUGAACUAAAGCAUCAAUAUACAAGCAAGAUUGAUGAGCAAUCGACGAAAAUCAAUGAACAAUCGAUGAUAAUCGAGGAACUGUUAUGGCAAAUUCGUGAACUAAGUGAUAAGAUACGUCAAAUUAAUCAAUGGAAAAUUGAGGUGGACAAAGUGAUCAGUGAUAGUAAAGAAAAAUUCAAUGAAGUUACGAGAUCGUGCAUUUGCAGAUAUGAAAAUCAUAUUCCGAAGAAUCGCAUUAUAAAUAGUAGACAACUUUUAAUAGACAAUAAUCAUCUAACAGAUAAAAUGAAAGAAUCAAAUAAUGCCAAUAAGAAUGAUGAUGAUGUUUAUGAGACAAUUGACUUUAGUGAUUCAUCACAUCACAUUUAUACAGAACCGUUUAAAACUGAAUCGUAUUACGGAGCAUUAAGGAAAGUCACAGUCAAGACAAAUAAUUCAAAACAGACUACGCUAAGUACAAGUUAUAAUAAAAAGUCAGUUAAUUCGGUAUCAUCGAAAAAGGGAAUUAAGAAAUCCACUCGAGUGAGGAAUUUACAAAAAUACCCGGCAUUACAGGAUGUAUCAAAAGCUCCAAAUUUCGAGGAUGAUUCUGAAAAAGAUGAAGUCGAUGGAACCAAAGUAGAACUUCGAGUGAAAUCAACGUCGCCAAGUAAUAUGACAUCUAAUUCUAGGCAAAUAGCUAGUAAGCAAAUAAAUGCACUAGUUUCAGUAGGACAUCGAAGUGGGAUUUAUUCGAGGCAACAGAGAAAGUUUGGCGAGUUUUAUCCCACAACGAGAUGCUUCAGGUAUUUUAAUCAAUUUCGAUUAUUCAAAGUUAAAACAGCAAAACGAAAACCAUGAAAGGGGGUCAUUUUAAUUUAAUUAGCGACUAGAAAAAUCUUUUUUAUUUCAUGUAAUUUCCAUUAUUCAAAGUUGUUGAAGUUCCCAGAGGUUUACCUUUAAUUCACAACAACUUUGAACACAUUUUACAA